GGUUUGGGGGGGUCCCCGUUGCCCCCCCCUCAAUCAAGUCGGGAAAAGCGGCCCCCCCUCCCCAGAAAGGUUUGGAAAGCAGCUGGGUGGGGAGGGGCGCUGCUGCUGCUGCUGCUGCGAUUCCCCCGGACAGAUGCCCACUUCGUGCCAGCCCAGAUGACCCCGGAAGAGGAGAGCCCCCCAGGAGGGGAGGCUGAUGGGGAGCCAGCCGGCGAGCGCCCCUUCCCCAGGCAUCUUUCCAAGAGCUGCAACCUGCAGAAGGGUUGUGAUUCCUUGGCCCAGACCCAACGCACCAGGCUGCAACACCGCCGUGCAAGAAUCAACCAGCAGAUCAACAAAGAGAUGAGGAUGAGAACCGGCGCAGAGAAUCUGUUCAGGGCCACCCGCAACCACAAAGUCAAGGAGACAGUUGCUCUGGAACUCAGCUAUGUCAACUCCAACCUGCAGCUGCUCAAGGAGGAACUGGAAGAACUGAACAGCUGCGUGGAAGUCUACCAGAAUGACAGUGACUCAGUUAGCGUCCCAAUGAUCCCGCUGGGGUUGAAGGAGACCAAGGAACUGGACUGGGCAUCUCCUCUGAAGGCCGUGAUUAAAGACCACUACAACGAAGAGGAAGACUCCUACAAGGAGGAGCUGAAAGCCCUUGUAGAUUUACGCCAGGCCAUGCGGGCACCCAGCCGGAACAAAGCGGGACUUGAACUGCUGACGGAAUAUUACAGCCAGCUCCACUUCCUCGACAACCGCUUCGUCUCGCCCAGUAACAACCUGGGACUUUUCUUCCAUUGGUACGAUUCACUGACCGGGGUGCCUUCCCACCAGCGGGCCCUGGCUUUCGAGAAAGGAAGCGUGCUCUUCAACAUCGGUGCUCUGCACACCCAGAUCGCAGCCCGCCAGGACCGCACCACCCUGCAGGGGGUGGACUGCGCCAUCGAAGCCUUCCAGAAGGCCUCUGGCGCCUUCAACUACCUGAAGGAGAACUUCUCCAACGCCCCCAGCCUCGACAUGAGCAGCCCCUCCCUCAACAUGCUGGUGUGGCUGAUGAUCGCCCAGGUGCAGGAGUGCGUCUUCGAGAAGGUCCUGUUGCUCGGAGCCCAGAGGGACUUCCUCGCUUGCCUGCAGCUGGCCCAGGAGGCGUCCCGGGUGGAAGAGGUCUACUCCUUGGUGCACCAGACCAUGGACCAGCCCCAGGUCAAAGACUACGUGCCCUUCUCCUGGACCUCCAUGGUGCACGUCAAAGCCGAACACUUCAAGGCUCUCUCCCACUAUUACGCCGCAGUGGCACUUUGUGACUGCCCAGCCUCGUCGGAGGUGGCUUUUCCCGAGCAUGAGAAAGCAUUCCUCCAGUUUCACGUCUCCACGCCGGAAGGACCGGCUCCUUCCUUGCUUUUGCAAGACCAGGAAGCCCGCCGGCGACUGGGGAAAGCUCACCUCAAGAAAGCUAUCAUCAAGCAUGAGGAAGCCAUGAGGAUCCACAGCUUGUGCAAAAUCCUGAGGAAGAUGGAUAUCCUGCAGGAGGUCCUCUCGCUGGCCCACAAACGUUCCCUCAGCAAAUAUUCCGAAAUUGACCACGAGGAAGAUUUCUUCGAAACGGCAGAAGCCCCCGACAUUCGCCCCAAAACACACCAGAGACCUGAAAUCAAAUCUCCCAAUUUCUCCAAGGUGAAAAUCACAGACAUCUUUCAUCGGCUGGGGCCCCUGUCCAUUUUCUCGGCCAAAAAUAAGUGGCAUCCCGCACGGACGGUGCACUUGGUCCGCGGAGCAAACGGCUUUGGAUUCACCCUCCGAGGCGACUCACCAGUCCUGGUUGCCGGGAUCAUCGCUGGUGGGUGCGCGGCGGAAGCUGGCUUGAAGGAAGGGGACUACAUUGUCUCCAUCAACGGCCAAGACUGCAGGUGGUCCAAACACGCCGACGUGGUGCAGCUGCUGAAGGUGGCCGGAGAGGAAGGGGUGAAGGUGGGCGUCAUCACCCUGCUGCCCCCGGAAGGGCAGAGUGCGAAGUUGGACAAGAAGCCGACAGCCACAACAUCCGGCGCGGCUGCUGUGCUGAAAAGCAACAAAGAGAACAGCCGCAAGUCCCCCCUGCCCAGCAAAGCCACCGGGGGUCUCCUGGCCUGGGGGCGGAAGAGCAAGCGCAGCAAAAGCUGCAGCUCCGGGACCCUCCCCUUCGCGCUGGGGGAUAACGCAGCGGGCCGCUGAGCCCCCACAGUUCGUGCCCAGCCCCAUCGUCAUCUCCGGACUGGAGAAGGGGAUGGACAUUCCACCUGGCAGAUGUUCUGGGAUCUCUUCAGACGAGACUCAUUUGGGGACCAGCGUUGUAUCACCUUGCUUUGU